UUUAGCCACUGCCCCCAGAGUAUUCACUAAAUGUAUGGCAGUGGUAGUAGCCCACCUGCGUCUUCAGGGCUGUUGCAUUUUUCCGUACCUAGAUGACUGGCUUCUGGUGGGCCAGUCUGAGGCUGAUGUGUCCAAUCAGGUGGCUCUCACCCUGGACUUAUGUCUCCGUUUGGGUCUUUUUGUUAAUAAAAAAAAGUCUAAACUGAAUCCUGUUCGCUCCAUUCAGUUCAUAGGGGUGAUUUUGGACGGCGUGCGUAAUGCGGGUUUCUUGCCUGCAGAGCGCGCCUCAAAGAUUAAGAGACUCAUUUCCACCCUUAAGAGGUGUCGUUUUCAGUCUGCUAAGUUUGUUCAGACUUUGUUGGGUUGCAUGGCUUCUACGACUGCAGUGGUCCCUUUAGCCAGACUGUUUAUGCGACCUCUCCAAUUAUGGUUUAAUUCAGUUUUUUCCCCGAGUAGUGAUUCCCAGAAUAGGAGAUUGUCAGUCCCUAGACGGGUGGUGUCUGCUUUGGACUGGUGGUUAGAGGAUUCUAACCUAUUUGGAGGGGUGGAAUUUGGGCAUCGCCAAACCCAUUUAUCUGUCACGACAGAUGCCUCUUUAUUUGGUUGGGGGGCUCACUGUGACGGGGCUUAUGCUCAUGGGUUAUGGUCUGAGUCAGAACGUGUGGAGCACAUUAAUGUCCUUGAAUUGAGGGCAAUCUUUUAUGCUUUGAUCUCCUUUUCAGGUGCGGUCCAGAACAAGUCCGUCCAAGUCCUGACAGACAACACGACGGCGAUGUUCUAUGUCAACAAGCAAGGGGGCACGGCGUCUGUGGCACUAUGCACCGAAGCGAUGAGGCUUUGGCAGUGGGCUAUAGACCAUGCUGUGUGGUUGCAUGCUGUUCACAUCCCAGGAGUAGAGAACUCUAUGGUGGAUCAGUUGAGCAGGAUAAAAGGGGACAACCACGAGUGGUCCCUUCAGGACAAGUAUCUUGCUCCGAUCUUUUCCAGGUGGGGGGAUCCGGAGCUGGACCUGUUUGCGACAGCAGAGAAUCGCAAGGCCCCAUGUUUUUGCUCCAGGGGAGGCGUAGGCCUAGGAUCACGUGGGGACGCAUUUCAACUAAGUUGGUCAGGUCCCCUGUGUUAUGCCUUUCCCCCGUUCCCGCUGCUAGCCAGGGUCCUCAGCAAGGUCCAGAGAGACGGGGCGACAGUCAUCCUGGUGGCCCCGUUUUGGCCGAGGCAACCCUGGUUUCACUCCCUUCUGAGUUGGCAGAAUCAGUCAAUCAGUCUCCCAGUAGUUCCAGACCUUCUGUCCUGCAAGGGGGUGUUUCACCACAACAUCGGGAAACUCAAACUGACGGCGUGGCUGAUCAGACCGGGGGUUCCUUUUCUUCAGCAGUAAAGCACGUCUUGCUUAACGCUAGGCGUCUGUCUACGAGACAGUCCUAUGCCUUGAAGUGGGACAAAUUUUCGGCCUGGUGUCGACAGCGAGCCUUGGACCCUUUUUUGGCUCCUCUCUCUGACAUAUUGGAGUUUUUGUGGGAAGUUAAACAGAAAGGCCUGUCUAAUAGUUCAGUUAAGGUUUAUUUACCAGCUAUUUCUGCUUUCCAUCCUCCUAUUGAUAAGAAAUCUGUGUUCUCCCACUACUCUGCACGUUUGUUUUUACGAGGGUUGAAUAAUUUGUUUCCCCCCAUUCGGGCUCUGAUCCCACAAUGGUCAUUGCCUUUAGUUUUGGCUCGCCUAAUGUCCAAACCGUUCGAGCCGUUGGCCUCGUGCCCGUUACGUUUUUUAUCCAUGAAAGUAGCCUUUUUAGUUGCGGCCACCUCGGCCAGAAGAGUGGGGGAGUUGGCGGCUUUAUCUUGCGAACCGCCUUAUCUAAAGUUACACCCUGAGAAGGUUGUUCUUCGUACCAAAGUAGAGUUCUUACCUAAAGUGGUGUCUCGUUUUCAUCUGUCCCAGGAACUGAUACUGCCAGUUUUCUUUCCAGUUCAGAACUCAGAGGCAGAGAAAGCUCUUCAUUCCUUGGACGUCCGCAGAGCUAUCUUGUUUUAUUUAGAUAGGGUUAAGUCUUUUAGGCUUGAUUCUAACUUAUUUGUUUGUUUUGCGGGACAGAAUAAAGGGAAACGGGCUACGUCCCAGACCAUCUCGAGAUGGGUGGUCCAGACUAUUUUGACUUGUUAUUCUGCUGCUAACUUACCUUGCCCCUUGGAGGUGCGUGCGCAUUCCACCAGGUCCCAGGCGUCGUCUGCGGCUCUUCUCAGAGGUGUUCCUCUUCACGACAUCUGUAGAGCAGCGACGUGGGCCUCGGCGGAUACCUUCGUGAAACAUUAUGCGCUGGACAUUCUGGAUAGAAAGGAGACAGCGGUGGGCACAGCGGUUCUCCAUUCCAUCUUUGUGUGAUGCUUUGGCGUCACCUCCACCCAGGGGGCGGCGAAAGAGGAAC